GACUAUGAAGAGAAAUAUCCUGAAGAUGCCACCUAUGAAGAGACGGCACCAAAUGCGAGGGUUUGGAGGACGUACGAAGAUGAAAGUAGGAUCCACGAUGCCAAUAUGGUGGAAGAAUCCCGGGAUAAUGUUGACGUACUGCUUGUCUUUGCAAGUCCUUACUCUGGUUUGUUUGAUGCGGGUCUUUUCUCGGCGGUCGUGACGACUUUCGUCAUUCAAACGUCCCAGAAUUUGCAGCCGGACUAUGCUGCCAUGUCGGCAUCUCUGCUCUAUGAAUCAGUCCUCGUUCAACAUGCCAUCGCCAACGGUUCCUCGGUCGACACCAUCACACCAUCCCCUCUUAGUCCCAGCAUUGCUUUUGUGCCUGCAACCACAGAUGUCUGGGUGAAUGGGCUGUGGUUCACGAGUCUGUUCCUCAGCCUUGCGACAGCACUCUUUGCUGUUCUCGUCAAGCAAUGGCUACACCACUAUGUCGUUCUGCCAUCCGGAACUCCGCGUGACCGUGCUUUUACUCGUCAGUUUCGAUAUGGUGGCUUUCAAAAGUGGCAUGUUCAGGCAAUCAUAGGGUUCCUUCCUUUUCUUAUGCACCUUGCUCUUGCUAUCUUUUUUGCGGGAUUGGUGAUUUUCCUACAUCCGCUA